AUGGCACCUCAUCGCGUGGAUGUCGAGGCUGAUGGUCUCAAAGUGAAGAUUGCGAUUGAUAGAGGUGGUACCUUCACCGACUGCCUCGGAAUUGUCGAAGGCCGGGAAGACGUCGUGGUCAAGCUGCUGUCUCAAGACCCGGCCAACUAUGCCGACGCUCCGAUCGAGGGGAUCCGGCGGAUCCUGGAACAAGUCACAGGGAAAUCGCUCCCAAGAAAUGAACCGCUCAAUAUCCACGACUUCUCCGAGUUCAAUGUUCGUAUGGGUACAACCGUCGCCACCAACGCCUUACUGGAACGCAAGGGUGAGAAGAUCGCCCUGCUGAUCACCAAGGGCUUCAAAGACGGCCUCAUUAUCGGCGAUCAGACGAGGCCGAAGUUGUUCGAUCUCAACAUCCAGAGGCCGGGAGUCCUUUUUGAGGAGGUGGUCGAGGUAGACGAGCGCGUUACCAACGAGGACUACAAGCAGAACCCCUUUCCAGAGCCAGAAAAGCUGGCAGCGGCGUUGGAGUCGGAUCCCAAGUUGGUCCGAGGCAUCAGUGGAGAUGUCAUGCGUAUCCUUGACAAGCUGGACGAGAGCAAGACGCGCUACGACUUGCAAAGGCUAUACGACUCCGGAUACCGCUCAAUCGCUGUCGUGCUUGCCCAUUCCUACACCUUUCAGGAGCAUGAAUUGGCAAUCGAGCGCAUCGCCAAAGAGAUUGGUUUCACUCAGAUCUCUUUGAGUAGCCAGCUGCUACCUAUGAUCAAGCUCACAUCACGCGGGGCUUCUGCCACCGUCGACGCAUAUUUGACUCCCAUCAUCAAACAGUAUAUUGAGAGUUUCCGUUCGGGCUUCAAAGGUCGUUUGACUUCUGAUGACACCCGUUGCGAAUUCAUGCAAAGCGAUGGUGGUCUCGUGAACUUUGAGAAGUUCACUGGACUCAGAGCCAUUCUGUCUGGCCCCGCCGGCGGUGUCGUGGGCUUUGCUAGGACCUCCUUUGACGAUCAAGAGAAGACUCCUGUUAUCGGCUUUGACAUGGGAGGUACUAGCACAGAUGUUUCACGCUACGAUGGUGCAUUCCAGCACACCUUUGAGAACACCACUGCUGGCAUCACAGUUAUGGCACCUCAGCUCGACAUCAACACCGUUGCAGCUGGUGGAGGUAGCAUUCUCUUCUGGCGUCAUGGCUUGUUCGUUGUCGGACCAGACUCCGCAGGAGCACACCCAGGCCCAGCCUGCUACCGGAAAGGGGGACCGCUAACCGUGACCGACGCCAAUCUCUUCCUUGGGAGAUUAUUGCCGGAAUACUUCCCCAAAAUCUUCGGCCCAUCGGAGAAUGAGCCACUUGAUGUCGAGAUCACUCGUCAAAAGUUCUUGGCACUCACUGAGCAAAUCAAUCAAGAAACUGGACAGUCAAAGACUGCCGAGGAAGUUGCACUUGGCUUCUUGGACGUCGCGAACGAAAGUAUGGCGAAGCCCAUCCGCCAGAUCACUCAAGCUCGGGGUUUCGAGACUUCUGCGCACAAUCUUGCGUGCUUUGGUGGUGCUGGUGGACAGCAUGCGUGCGCCAUUGCAUCAUCGCUUUAUAUUCAGACAGUCGUCAUCCACAGAUACUCUUCCAUCCUCUCGGCCUACGGCAUGGCGCUUGCUGAUGUUGUGCACGAAACGCAGCAACCAGCAUCAAGUGUUCUAGACGAUGCCUCAAUGGCAGAGCUACGAAGUCGUACGGAAACACUGAAAGACAAGGUUCGGAAGGAGCUGGUAGACGAUGGCAUUGCCGAGGCCUCCAUAGCCUACGAAGUCUACUUGAACUUGCGCUAUGAGGGCACAGACAAUUACCUCAUGAUACUAGAGCCGGAGAAUGGCGACUUCAAGAAGGCAUUCAUCGAGGAUCAUCAUCGAGAGUUCACAUUCACCUUCUCCGAGCGAAAGAUCCUGGUCGAAGACAUCCGUGUUCGGGGAGUAGGCAAAUCCCUGGCAAUGCCACCCGAGACACCGCACGAUGCUUUGAGGUCACUCAAAUUCUUCCCCGUGAAUGCAGAUCAGCAGGACAACUCCACCUCCAUCUAUUUUGGGUCUACGGGCAGGGUCACAGCACCGGUGUUCUUCCUGAAGAAGCUGCAGCCGGGCGCCACGAUCGCAGGUCCUUGUGUGAUACUUGACAACACGCAAACCAUUGUGGUCGAGCCAGAAUCUACAGCCAAAAUCCUUCCGCGUCACGUCGUUCUCGAUGUGCCUACCUCAAGAACUGUCUCAGCCAGCUCAACGGAGGUUGUGGACCCAAUUAGGCUGAGCAUCUUCGGUCACAGGUUCAUGAGCGUUGCUGAACAGAUGGGACGAAUGUUCCAGAAAACAUCUGUGUCAACAAACAUCAAGGAACGCCUGGACUUCUCGUGUGCACUCUUCUCGCCCGACGGACGUCUAGUUGCUAACGCACCGCAUGUGCCGGUGCAUCUAGGCAGCAUGGAGUACGCCGUACGGUAUCAACAUCAGCGUUACGCAGGAGAUCUCAAGCCUGGUGAUCAUAUCUUGACCAACCACCCCUUGGCUGGCGGCACACACUUGCCCGACAUCACAAUCAUCACCCCGGUCUGGAGCGAGGAUGGUGCACAGAUCAUCUUCUAUGUUGCGUCUAGAGGGCAUCAUGCCGAGAUUGGUGGCACAAGACCGGGCUCUAUGCCUUCUGACAGCAAGAUGCUGUACGAGGAGGGUGCAAUGACUAUGGGCUUUAAGAUCGUCUCGGAAGGCAAUUUCAACGAGGGACUCGUCCGAAACUUCCUCUGCACCGAGCCUGCUCAAUAUCCGGCGUGUUCAGCUACGCGCACGUACAAUGAUAACGUCAGCGAUCUUCAGGCAGCAAUCGCGGCGAAUCAAAAAGGUGCCCAACUAAUCAAGACGCUCAUCGAUGAGUACACACUCCCGGUGGUUCACUUCUACAUGGCAGCCAUCAAAACGAAUGCUGAGGUAUCAGUCCGCGACUUCCUCAAGAAGACAGCUGUCGCCACCGAGAACAAGCCUCUACGUUUCUCCGACUUCAUGGACGACGGCACCGAGAUUCGCUUGGAGAUCCGCAUUGAUGGAGCUUCCGGCAACGCUGAAUUCGACUUCACCGGCACAGGAAGAGAGACUUUCAAUUGCUUGAAUGCACCGAAAGCCAUCGCCCACUCCGCCAUCAUCUACUGCUUACGGGCUCUCAUCAACGUCGAUAUUCCUCUCAACCAAGGGUGCCUAGAGCCGAUUAAUGUCAUCAUCCCGGAAGGAACAGUGCUCAACCCGUCAGGACAUGCUGCUGUCUGCGCCGGUAAUCCUAUCACAUCGCAGCGUAUCACGGAUGUCAUCCUCGGUGCCUUUGGUGCCUGUGCUGCAAGUCAGGGAGACUGCAAUAUUAUCUCCUUUGGCAUGGGCGGGAAGGACUCCCAAGGCAACGAAGCCAAAGGCUGGGGCGUCGGUGAGACUAUAAGUGGCGGAAGUGGUGCAGGGCCCCACUGGCAUGGCACAUCCGGUACACAUGUCCAUAUGACAAAUACCAGGAUCACCGACUGCGAGGUAUACGAGAUACGCUACCCCAUCAUUCUACGGCAGUUCAGCAUCCGCAAAGGUUCGGGUGGCAAGGGCAAGUUCAGAGGCGGCGAUGGUACGAUACGAGAGAUCGAGUUCCGCAUGCCCCUGUCGGCCAGCAUGCUCAGUGAACGCAGAGUCUACCGGCCAUACGGUAUGCAAGGCGGAGAGCCCGGCGAUGCUGGACUGAACUUGUACAUCAAGAAGGAGAGGGAUGGCACAGAAAGGACAAUCAACAUUGGCGGCAAGAUGGAAUUGGCUAUGCAAGCCGGCGAGAGAAUCGUUAUCCACAGCCCAGGUGGAGGUGGUUGGGGCAGUUAUGAAGGAGAGGCUGAUGAGAGCAUUGGCAGAGACAACAAGCCCAUGACACCGGCCGCGUUCCAGCCCAGAGGGAGUGUCUUCGACUGGACGGCCACUGCGCAGGCGGCGCAGUGA